AUGCCGUCAGGUCAACCCUUACCGCCCAAAGAAAAUUCCUUAUUUAAACGAAUUCUAAGAUGCUACGAACAGAAACAAUAUAAAAAUGGACUUAAAUUUGCAAAACAGAUUUUGUCGCAUCCAAAGUUUUCUGAACAUGGAGAAACUUUGGCUAUGAAAGGACUUACUUUAAAUUUUCUUGGCCGAAAAGAUGAAGCAUAUGAACAUGUUCGACGGGGUCUUCGUAAUGAUCUCACUUCACAUGUUUGCUGGCAUGUUUAUGGUCUAUUGCAAAGAUCAGAUAAAAAGUAUGAUGAAGCUAUUAAAUGUUAUAGAAAUGCGUUGAAAUGGGAAAAAGACAAUAUACAAAUUUUACGAGAUUUAUCACUGCUACAAAUUCAAAUGAGAGAUUUGGAAGGAUAUCGAGACACAAGAUAUCAACUGUUCAUGUUGCGGCCAACUCAAAGAGCAUCGUGGAUUGGUUAUGCAAUGGCAUAUCAUUUAUUAAAUGAUCAUGAUAUGGCCUUGAAAAUUUUGGAAACUUUUAGGAAAACACAAAUGGUUUCUGCCCCAUUUGAUUUUGAGUAUAGCGAACUUCUUUUGUAUCAAAAUAUGGUAAUUCAAGAAUCCGGUGGAGUGUUGGAUGCCAUCAAACAUUUAGAUAUGUAUAAAGAAAAUAUUUUUGAUAAAUUAACAGUCCUAGAGAUUUAUGGUUCAUUAUACUUACAAAUGGGAGAAUAUCAUUUAGCUACAUUGUGCUAUGAAAAAUUACUACGAAGAAACCAAGAAAACACACCUUACUAUUUAAUGAUUAAAGAAGCUAAGCAAUUGCAUAAUGAUGAAUGUGUUUAUAAUAUGCUUUGUGGUUAUCGGAAAAAGUUUCCUAAAGCAUUGGCUCCUAAACGAUUAUGUUUAACUUUUGCAUCAGGAAAUGCAUUCCAAAGUGAAAUUGAUUCAUACUUAAGAGCUGGUUUCCAUAAAGGUGUUCCACCAUUAUUCGUAGAUUUACGGUCAUUAUAUAAGAAUAAACAUAAAGUACAAAUAAUAGAAAGUCUAUUAGAGAUGUAUGUAAAUAAUUUGACAAAGUUCAGCUCAUUCGAUAGUGAAGAUACUUCCUGUAAAGAACCUGCUUCUGCAUUGCUGUGGGUCUAUCACUAUUUAGCUCAACAUUAUGAUUACCUUGAUGAUAUACAAAAGGCAUUGACUUACAUUGAUAUGGCAAUUGCACACACACCAACUUUAAUUGAACUAUUUGUCACAAAAGGAAGAAUAUUUAAGCAUGCUGGUGAUGCAUAUGAGGCAUAUAAAUGGCUAGAUGAAGCACAAGGCUUGGACACAGCUGAUAGAUAUAUUAAUUCAAAAUGUGCAAAAUACAUGUUGCGUGCAAAUCUUAUUAAAGAAGCAGAAGAAACAUGCUCUAAGUUUACAAGGGAAGGUGUUUCGCCUAUGGAAAAUUUAAAUGAGAUGCAAUGUAUGUGGUUCCAAACCGAGUGUGCGUUGGCCUAUCAACGGCUUGGAAAAUGGGGUGACAGUUUGAAAAAAUGCCAUGAAGUUGAUAGGCAUUUCACUGAGAUCAUUGACGACCAAUUUGAUUUUCAUACAUACUGCAUGCGUAAAAUGACUCUAAGGUCAUAUGUGAAUUUAUUAAGGCUUGAAGAUGUAUUACGUUCGCAUCCAUUUUACUUCAGGGUGGCACGAUGUGCAAUACAAGUAUACUUACAUAUUCAUGAUAAACCUCCGACUGAUGCAUCAUCUAGUAAUGAAUUGGAUACAGGUGAGUUUAUUACUUAA